GCUUGCCAAUGGCCGCGCGGGCCGCGACGUGAGCGGCUCGGCGGACCCCACGCCGGGGCCGGGCCGCAGCCUGCGCCGCUGCCGCCGAGUCCCUGUCGCCCUGGGCCAUGCGGCCCCCGGCCCCGGGGCUGUGGCUUUUGCUGUCGCUCUGCUGCCUCGGAACCGCUGCGACCCCAUCCGACUCUUCCCAGCUGGCUGCUCCACGGAACCCGAAGAUUCACCUGUACAAUGCUGAGCAGAUUCUGAGAUGGGAACCUUCCUCCCCAGGCAAUGACACAGUUCCAGUGACCUACCGGGUGCAGUUUAAAUACACUGGCAGUAACUGGAGCGACUUCGAGUCCCCGGAGGUGAACUGUACACAGAUCUCAGCCACGGAGUGUAAGUUCGCCACAGCCACCCUCUCCGAGGGCUUCCCGAAGGACUUCAAUGUCUCUCUGCGAGUGCGAGCAGAGCUGGGACAGCAGAAAUCUGCCUGGGCAGCAGUGCCUUGGUUUCAACACUUUCGAAAUGCCACCAUCGGGCCCCCAGAGAACAUCGUGGUCACCCCAGGAGGAGGCUCCCUCAUCGUCACGUUUUCUGCACCCUUUGACACCGGAAACCCCAGGGAUGCCACUUUUUCCUAUUACGUCCAUUACUGGGAAAAAGGUGGAACCCAACAGGUUAGAGACCCUGUCAAGAGCAACUCCAUUUUGCUGAAUAACUUGAAACCAUUCACAGUGUACUGUUUACAAGUCCAGGCACGACUGUUUUGGACAAGGCCAAAGAUCAUUAAUCCCGGGGAUUUCAGCAACACGUUUUGCGAAGAAACCACGGCAGAUGCCUCCACCAAGCUGCAGCAGAUCAUCCUGAUCUCGAUGGGAACCUUUUCGCUGCUGCUGGUGCUGACGGGGGCCUGUUUCUUCCUGGUCCUAAAAUACCAAGGGCUGAUUAAAUACUGGUUUCACACUCCACCAAGCAUCCCAUCACAAAUAGAAGAGUAUUUAAAGGACCCAGCCCAGCCCAUCUUAGAGGUCCUGGACAAGGACAGUUCGCCAAAGGAUGACGUCUGGGAUUCUGUGUCCGUCAUUUCCUUUCCAGAGAAGGAGGGAGAAGACAUGGAACCAAAGCACGGGUCCAGCUGGGGGACCCCAGAGGUGGACGCUGAGCAGGGAAGCUGAUAACCAUCCUGCCGGACCAGGCAGAAACCCACUCCCAGCUUCUGCCAAGGAAGCGAGACACACAGAGUCUGGGGAGAAGACAGCUUAGGACUUUUUCUAAGAAUUUCCUGAAUCACCGGGAAGGGUGGUGCACACCUGUGAGCCCAGCACUCAGGAGGCUGGAGCAGGAGGAUCACUGCAAGUUUGAGGCCAGCCUGGGCCACGUAGUGAGUUCAAGGCCAGCCUGGACUACAUAGCGAGACCCUGUCUCAAAAACAAACUUUUCUGAAUCAUACAAGUUUCUAGGAUGACUACAGAAAUAUCACAGAAAAAUUCAGGUUUCUUUUAAACACUAAAAAGGCGUGAAAUGUCUUGUCUGGAAUAUGUCUGUGGCACACCUGUGAUGGCAUCACUGUUGGUUGGCCCAGGCCAUCAGGAGACUAGGUCUUCUCAACUCUGACAACUGGGUUGUCCCAGCCUGUCCCAGCCUGUCCCAAGGAGGGGCCGAGGCCCCAUCCAGCCUGCUGGCUUAAAUGUGAUUCACCCUGGGGUGAGGAUGUAGCUCUUGCCUAGCAUGCACAAGGCCCUAGGUUCAGUCCCCAACACACACACACACACACACACACACGUGAUUAAUCUUAUAAGGAUUUUUCUAAUUUAAGUUUUUUUAAAAA